AUGGCCAACACCCAGGAGCCCUUCCGCGUGCUGAUUGCCGGGGCUGGCAUUGGAGGUCUAGCAACAGCCGUGGCGCUCUCUCGUAUCUCCGGUAUCCCGAAUCUGGACAUCCAGCUCUACGAGCAAGCCGACGAGCUUCUUGAAAUCGGAGCAAGUAUCGCCUUGAGCCCCAAUGGCAUGAGAACCUUGGAAAAGCUUGGUGUGACCAAUGCCUUUGAUGACGACGCUGGGUUCAGAGGCACAAGCGGGAUUCCUCAGAUCAUACGCCACUGGAAAUCAAACCAGGUCGUAUCCGUAGACACAUACACCAGCGUCUCGAAUCCUCGACACCAGACAACCCGGUUUCAUCGGGGCCACAUCCACGCGGCCUUGUUAAAGCACGUACCGUCAAGUAACAUCCAUUUGGGGAAGAAGACUGUCGGUGCGAAAUCCGAUGCCGACGGCGUCACUCUCUCGUUCGAGGACGGAACAGAGGCGCGAGGCCACCUUCUAAUUGGCGCCGAUGGCAUAAAAUCGAAAGUCAGACAGGCUUUUGUCCCGGAGCACAAAUUAAAAUACAGUGGGAAGACCUUUGCUCGCGCCACCUUCGAUGCAUCUAUCCUCGAAGGCAAGGUGCCAGAUCUACCCGAGGAUGCCAUUCAUUGGUGGGGUCUAAACGAUCACUUCUUUGCCUCAAAGCUUGGAAAGGGUCAGUUUACGACUGUUGGAUCAUUUGAUGACCCCAGGAGCACCGAAGAGAUCGACAAGGCUGUUGCCUGGAACCAAGCAGAUGAUGUCAGCUGGUUCAAAGAGAAAUACAAGAACUGGAACCCGACAGUCAAGGCGCUGUCGGAGCUUACACCAUACAUUCGGCUCUAUCCCAACUACGUGGGUGAUGCGCUCCCUUCAUGGGUGAUCUCAGGCCGGGCCACGCUAGUCGGAGAUGCUGCCCACACUCACGGCGGCUCUUUUGCUGCUGGAGGGUCGCUGGCGCUAGAUGAUUCCCUCGCCCUGGCCUUGGCCUUCAAGCAUGUCCUUCUGCCACAGAUCAACUCGCCAGGCCCCGUAAGCGCGUCGGCAAUCAAACAAGCGAUCCAACUAUAUGACAGUGUGCGAAGACCUCACACUACUCGGCUCCUAGAAAUUGUCCAUGGUCAGCUUGGAGCGAAGAAGCCAGUGUAUUCGUCAGAUGAGGAUGCUGAGAAAAGCCUGCAGACCAAGGUAAAGGGAAGACCGAACACAAACUGGCUCUCAGAACAUGAUGUCGAAGAGACAUUCAACCGAGUUAUCGGUCAGUCCAAGAAGACACCUUCAGAACGGGCCAGACUUUAG